UUUACACCUCUCGGCCAUGACAGUAAAGCAGAAGAGCGGUGCAGUCUAAGCCAUGAGCCACUUUCGGGCGUUAGUGGGUGUUUUAAGGGGUGGGUGUGUUGGACGGAGCCAGUUGCAGCGUGGAGGGGGCCUGGGCAGGCACAGGGCUGAUCCCAGGAGGGGCUGCUCCUCCAAGACAGAGCCCAUUCUCCAAGCAGUGGCCAGUAACUCCAGCUAUAUUGAGGGAUGUACUAUUGCCUGGCUGGAGGACCAUAAAAGCGUCCAUGAGUCUUGGGGAUGGAUUUUUAAAAACAUCCAGGCAUCCAGUCCAUCUGGUGAGGCAGGCAAAACACGGCCUUCCGCUCUGCUGCAGGGCCGUAUGCUGUCCCACACACCGGACAUGACCCAGAAAGUGGUGGAGGACCCUGCUGUGCACUCUCUCAUUAGAGCCUACCAGAUUCGUGGUCACCAUGUUGCCCAGUUAGACCCACUGGGAAUCCUUGAAGCUGAUCUGGACUCCUUUGUUCCCUCUGACCUCAUCACCACUAUUGAUAAAUUGGGUUUCUAUGGCCUUGAUGAGUCUGACUUGGAUAGAAGCUUCCAGCUGCCCCCCACCACCUUCAUCGGAGGACAAGAAAUUACUCUUCAGCUUAGAGAAAUUAUACGGAGACUAGAGACAUCUUACUGCGGUCACAUCGGGGUUGAGUUUAUGUUCAUUAACAAUGUGAAUCAGUGUCAGUGGAUUCGUCAGAAGUUUGAGACUCCUGGGAUCAUGCAAUUCACUAAUGAUGAGAAGAGGACUCUGCUAGCCCGCCUGAUCAGAUCCACACGAUUUGAGGAUUUCUUGGCCAGAAAGUGGUCUUCAGAGAAACGUUUUGGUCUGGAAGGCUGUGAAGUUCUCAUCCCUGCUCUUAAAACCAUCAUUGACACAUCGAGCGCUGCUAGCAUCGACAGUGUAAUCAUGGGGAUGCCUCAUAGGGGUCGACUAAAUGUCUUGGCCAAUGUGAUCCGUAAGGACCUUGACCAGAUCUUCUGUCAGUUUGACCCUAAAUUAGAGGCUGCUGAUGAGGGUUCAGGUGACGUUAAAUACCACCUUGGGAUGUACCAUGAGCGGAUCAACCGUAAAACAGACAAGAACAUCACUUUGUCGCUCAUGGCAAAUCCUUCCCACCUGGAGGCAGUGGAUCCAGUGGUUCAGGGGAAGACCAAAGCUGAACAGUUCUACAGAGGAGAUGCUCAGGGAAAGAAGGUGAUGUCCAUCUUAAUGCAUGGUGAUGCUGCUUUUGCUGGACAAGGGGUUGUGUAUGAGACCUUCCAUCUCAGUGAGCUUCCGUCGUAUACCACACAUGGUACAAUCCAUGUGGUGGUUAACAACCAGAUUGGCUUUACUUCAGAUCCUCGAGUGGCCCGCUCUUCUCCUUACCCCACCGAUGUGGCUCGGGUUGUCAACGCACCCAUCUUCCAUGUGAAUGCUGAUGAUCCAGAAGCUGUAAUGUAUGUUUGUCGGGUGGCUGCAGAGUGGAGGACCACCUUCAACAAAGAUGUCGUCAUCGACCUGGUUUGUUACCGACGUUUUGGCCAUAAUGAAAUGGAUGAGCCUAUGUUCACCCAGCCCCUGAUGUAUAAACAGAUCCGUCGGCAGGAGCAUGUACUGAAAAAGUACUCUGACAAACUGAUUGCAGAGGGAGUGGUGACACUGCAGGAAUUUGAGGAAGAAGUUGCCAAAUAUGACAAGAUAUGUGAGGAGGCAUACACCAGUUCCAAAGAUGAAAAGAUCCUACACAUUCGACACUGGCUUGACUCCCCUUGGCCAGAUUUCUUCACAGCAGAGGGAGAGCCAAAAAGCAUGAGUUGCCCGCCGACAGGACUGGAUGAAGACAUUCUGCAGCACAUUGGCCAAAUGGCCAGCUCGAUACCACUGGAAGAUUUUAAGAUCCACCCUGGUGUGUCUCGCAUCCUACGAGGUCGAGCUGACCUGGUGAAGAAUCGUCAGAUGGACUGGGCUCUAGGAGAGUACGUGGCCUUUGGCUCCCUUCUCAAAGAUGGCAUACAUGUCCGACUCAGUGGGCAAGAUGUUGAAAGAGGAACCUUUAGUCACCGUCACCACGUUCUUCAUGAUCAAGAGGUAGAUAAACGCACCUGUGUUCCCAUGAACCACCUAUGGGCAAACCAGGCUCCUUACACUGUGUGCAACAGCUCUUUAUCAGAGUACGGAGUUCUAGGUUUUGAGCUUGGCUUUGCCAUGGCCAGUCCAAAUGCUCUGAUUCUAUGGGAGGCUCAAUUUGGAGACUUUCACAACACAGCCCAGUGUAUCAUUGACCAAUUUAUCAGCUCAGGCCAGGCGAAGUGGGUUCGCAACAAUGGCAUCGUCCUACUGCUGCCCCAUGGAAUGGAGGGAAUGGGUCCAGAGCAUUCAUCAGCUCGGCCUGAACGCUUCCUCCAAAUGAGCAAAGAUGAUCCAGAUCACUUUCCUGAGUUCACUGGAGAUUUUGAAGUCCAGCAGCUGUACGACUGUAACUGGAUUGUGGUCAACUGCUCCACGCCUGCUAACUACUGUCAUGUGCUCAGACGACAGAUUCAGCUGCCGUUCAGAAAACCGCUCAUUAUUUUCACUCCAAAAUCUCUACUGAGGCACCCAGAAGCAAGGUCAAGUUUUGAUGACUUCACCAAAGGUACUAAAUUCAAGAGGCUGAUAGCUGAUGAGGGCCCUGCGAGUCAAAACCCAGGUCUAGUGAAGAGGGUCAUCUUCUGCACUGGAAAAGUUUACUAUGAACUGGCUAAAGAGAGGAAACAGCAAAACUUGGAGAAAGAUGUUGCCAUCAUCAGACUAGAACAGAUCUCUCCAUUCCCGUUUGACCUGGUCAGAGAAGAGGCAGAGAAAUACACCAACGCUGAGCUAGUCUGGUGUCAGGAGGAGCACAAGAAUAUGGGCUACUAUGAUUAUGUGAGACCACGUUUCCUUACAGUGGUGGCCAACAGGAAAUCCAUUUGGUAUGUGGGACGGGACCCUGCAGCUGCACCUGCGACGGGGAACAAGUCCACUCAUUUCAAUGAGCUAAAGAGGUUCAUGGACACUGCUUUCAACCUGAGAGCCUUCCAAGGAAAGAACAUGUAGGAGAUGUCGGAAGAUCACUUGGCAAUGAUCUUACACCUGGUUUAGAGUAGUAGAGUUGUACAUCAACAACAAUCAAGACACCAAAACUCAGAUUUGUGACAAUGACUUUUAACAUGUCGUGUAGAACCAUUGCUGUUUUUAUGCUUAAUAUUGAUUAAUAUUUGGAUAGUGUUGAAGAAGCCACAUAAUACACACAAAAGUCAAGCAAUAAAUGUGAGUCACAUUUAACAGGAAUGAAACCUGCUGAAACUGAACACAUCAGUAGGUUUAGUACCUCUAUUUUCUUUGGCUACCUUUGCUGUUACUAAGGAGUGUAUUUAUUGUCACACUUCACUUCACUAGCAGACAUGAGCCAGCUGGCACAGAGACUUGCAGCCAUGUUUUCUGCUUAGGACAUACGGCUCAGCUUCCUCUGUGGAAGCUCAGGUACCCAAACACAUGCACACAAACACAUCACAGCCUUGGAUGUUUUGAGAACCCCACUGAUGCUCAGUUGUCACGUUUAAAUCCCACAGGUAUUAACAGAGUUGAUUGUAGUUACCACUGUGUUUAGAGAGGCCCGUAGGAUUAUGCUUCCUGUUGAGCCAUACUGUAGUUUUCAUAUAGCUGGGAGAUUUAACCAGAAGUGCACAAACAUAAUUAUAUAUGUUUAGUGGCUUAAAGCUUUACAUAUGGCAGCUUAUUACUGAAAUAAAUAUAGCCACAUUUCUGUGUGGGCUCUGAAACAGAUUUGCACUAGCCCAGGAAUUGACCAGAAUGAACAAUAAAAUAUACAUGACAUGGAAAUUACUUUUAUGUAAUUUGUGAAAAAAA